AUGAUCCUCGCCCGCCAUCUCCGGCCGCAGCAGCCCCUGCGCGCCGCCCAGCGCCUCGCCGCCCGCGCCCACCGCCGCGCCGUCCACGGCGUCCCCAGCCUCGCCAACUUCGGCGAGCGCUUCGCCCAGAACGGCGUGCCCGAGCUGCUGUCGCAGACCGGCUUCAACACCGCCUGGACCGUCUACCAGAAGCUGAUGGUCGACGGGCUCAACGAGCGCAUCGUCGGCACCCCUCUCGAGAAACACCUCGUCAAGGAUAUAGUCAUCAAGACCGCGCGCGAGCCGCUGCUCGCCUCCACCUUCAAUUAUGCCUCCAUGGCCUUCAACAACCACUUUUUCUUCGGCACCAUCGCCGACAAGGAAACCCCCAUGCCCGAUGAGCUCGCCGAAUCCCUGACAACAUCCUUCUCCUCGGUCGACAUCUUCAAGGCCGACUUCCUCGCGACCGCCGAGGCCAUGUUCGGCCCGGGCUUCGUGUGGCUGGUGUGGCACAGGCAAAUGCAGAACCUGAACAAGGGCUCGUGGAAGAUCCUGCCCACCUACCUCGCCGGCUCGCCGCUCUCCGACGCCCAUUAUCGCCAGCAGCCCGUCGACAUGAACACCCAGAACCACGGCUCCGCCGGCGGUCUCUCCGGCGCCGACUACGCCCGCCAGAGCCAGAUCCAAAACUCGGCCGGCGUCAUGGGCCCGCACAGCGUCGCCGGCCAAGCCGCCCGCAACCGCGCCCCCGGUGGUGCCGAUGUUGUCCCCGUCCUGUGCGUAAACACAUGGGAGCACGUCUGGGUGCCUGAUUGGGGCGUCGAGUCCAAGAGAGAUUUCUUGGAGGCGUGGUGGCGCCGGAUCAACUGGGAAACCCUGGAGGUGCCGCCCGAUGCUCUGGGCAAGUCGGGGCAGUCUGCUCGCACCAUGUUCGCAAACACCUUUGCCCGGUGA